ACCGGACUUUUCAUUCACCACAACACUUAAAGGCAAUUGAAUACCCACAAGUUUCAUUCAAACCACACACAACAUGGAAAUUCCCGUCGUGACCCCCGAGAUCCUCAAGAUCAAGAGCAUUGGCGCAUCUAAGUCAUACCCAGUAGCCGCAGAUAAGAUUGCGACAACCUUUGGAUCACACUACAUAGAUCUCAUCUCCAAACCUCUGGGAUCGCGCAUCCUCGCCUUCAGUGACGAAUGGUUCGCGGCAGCAGAUAAUUUGACCACACCCACGGCCCCCGUCCGCAAGCCCGGCGUCUUCACCCAUGCCGGCGCCUGGUACGAUGGCUGGGAGACGCGCCGCCACAACACCGAGCCCGCCGACUGGGUCGUGAUCCGGCUAGGCGUGGCCUCAGGGCGCGUCGCAGGCGUCGAAAUCGAUACCGCCUUCUUCGACGGCAACCACGCGCCCGCAAUCGCCGUCGAAGGUACCUUCAGCGCCGACGACGAGGCGGUCAAGGACCCGAAGUUCGCGGGUUGGGAAAACAUACUCGAGAAGCAGGAGUGUGGGCCCAGCCAGCGCCAGGCUUGGGCGCUCGAGGGCCUGACGGAGAAGGCGUACACGCAUGUGCGGCUGCUGAUGUACCCAGACGGCGGCAUUGCGCGCUUCAGGCUCUACGGCGUCGCGCUGCCCGUCUUCCCCGCGAGCAUCGACGAUGUGUUCGACCUCGCGGCGACGGUCAACGGCGGCGUCGCGGUCAGCUGCUCGGAUCAGCACUUCGGGACGAAGGAUAACUUGCUCUUACCCGGCCGCGGGCACGAUAUGGGCGAUGGGUGGGAGACGAAGCGGACGAGGGGCGAGCAUGUCGACUGGACGAUUGUCAGGCUGGGGACGAAGGGGGAGGUGGAUAAGAUUGUGGUGGACACGGCGCAUUUUAGGGGGAAUUUCCCGCAGAAGGUGCAGGUGUUUGCGGGGCUUUGGGAGAGUGGUGAGCCUGGCGCCGCGGAUAAGGGCUGGGUGGAGGUGCUUGCGCCGCAAAAGGCGGGGCCGGAUAAGGAGCAUGAGUACCAGGGAGAUGUGCUUAGCAAUGUGAAGGGGGCGGUGUAUUCGCAUCUCAAGCUAGUCAUUAUCCCGGAUGGGGGCGUGAAGCGGUUUAGAGUGUUUGGCAGAAGGAGGGUUUGAGGGGUUAGUAGCUUAGCGUGG